UCGUCCUCUUCCUCUUCCUCUUCCUCUUCUCCCUCUCCCCUUUUCCCCUCUCUCCUCGCUCCCUAGGGCUCCUCCUCCUCCUCCUCCUCCUCCUCCUCCUCCUCCGCCGCCGCCGCUGGAGCCAUGGAGGCCAUUAGGAAGCAGGCGAGCAAGCUCAGAGAGCAGGUCGCGCGGCAACAGCAGGCUGUUCUCAAGCAAUUUGGAGGUGGUGGAUAUGGAAGUUCUGAUAAUGUGUUCUCUGAUGAAGGAGAACUUCAACAACACCAAAAAUUGGAAAAGCUUUACAUAUCCACUCGUGCGGCCAAGCAUUUUCAAAGGGACAUAGUGCGGGGUGUUGAGGGCUAUAUUGUUACAGGGUCCAAACAAGUUGAAAUAGGAAAUAAAUUGUCUGAAGAUAGUCGGAAAUAUGGUGCUGAAAACACCUGCACCAGUGGUAAUACAUUGUCAAAGGCUGCUUUAUGCUUCUCAAAAGCUAGCUGUCAAAUGGAAAAGGAACGGGGAAAUCUAUUGAAAGCCUUGGUUGCAGAGCCAUUAAGAGCAAUGGUGAUGGGUGCUCCUUUGGAGGAUGCUCGCCACCUAGCCCAGAGAUACGACAAAGUCCGACAGGAAGCUGAAGCUCAGGCUAUUGAAGUCUCAAAACGUCAAAUUAAAGUAAGAGAAACCCCAGGAAAUGGUGACUUGAUCUCAAAGCUAGAAGCUGCUGAAUCCAAGCUGCAUGAAUUAAAGUCAAACAUGGGGGUAUUAGGUAAAGAAGCUGUUGCUGCGAUGACUGCUGUGGAAGGCCAACAACAAAGAUUGACAUUGCAGCGGCUUAUUGCAAUGGUUGAAUCUGAGCGAGCUUAUCAUCAGAGAAUCCUGCAAAUCUUGAUCAGCUUGAGGAGAGAGAUGGUAUCAGAGCGUCAAAGAAUUGAAGCAGCUCCAAGUCCAGUGAUUGAAAACUCUAUGCCACCACCUCCUUCAUAUGAAGAAGCUAAUGGCAUGUUUGCAACUCCAAGUGUUGAUGAAUUGGCUGAAUCAACCGAGUACUUCUUAGGAGAGGCUAUCCAAUCGUAUCAGGCCGAGAGUAAUGUGGAGCUUACCUUGUCAGUAGGUGACAUUAUUGUUGUUCGGAAGGUGUCAAGUAAUGGGUGGGCGGAAGGCGAGUGCAAAGGGAAAGCCGGAUGGUUCCCUCACGGAUACAUUGAGAGGCGGGACCGCGUACUCGCAAGUAAAGUCGCUCAUAUUUUCUAGAAGGUUCUGCGCUAUGAGGAACAUGAAUCACUAUAUUGCAUCCUGUAAUUGAGUUUGUUGUGUUUAAAAGGCUCCUCAUGUAGAAGAACAUGCAGAAGAUGUUUACUUCGAUCCAUUCUUUCGUUUUUAACAAAUGGCCCAUUUUGCUUGCUCUGUGGCAUAUUCUCGUGCAAUGUUCAGCAUGGGGGAAUCGAACAAAUUUAGUUUUAUUGAUUCCUUUAAAACUGGGUGUUUCUUUUUUCUUUU